CUGGCACCCUCUCUUCCUUUACAAGAAGAUUUCGUUUAUCACUGGAAGGCAAUUACCCACUACUACAUAGAGACUUCGGAUGACAAAGCCCCAGUGACAGAUACAAACAUUCCAUCUCAUCUGGAACAGAUGUUAGAUAUAUUGGUACAAGAAGAAAAGGAACGGGAAUCUGGAGAGACGGGGCCAUGUAUGGAAUACUUGCUUCAUCACAAGAUCCUGGAAACAUUAUAUACCUUAGGGAAAGCUGAUUGUCCUCCAGGAAUGAAGCAGCAGGUGCUGGGAUUCUACACCAAACUCCUGGGCAGAAUCAAGCAGCCGCUACUUCCGCACAUCAACGUGCACAGGCCCGUGCAGAAAUUAAUUCGACUCUGUGGUGAAGUCCUUGCAACACCAACGGAAAAUGAAGAAAUUCAGUUUCUCUGUAUUGUGUGUGCAAAACUGAAGGAAGAUCCCUAUUUGGUUAAUUUUUUUCUGGAGAAUAAGUUGAAAUCGUUGGCUUCCAAAGGAGCAGCCAGUGUCACUGCAGAAGACACGUUAAAAGGUGCAGAGUCCUUGUCCACAGACACGGGACAGCCCUGUCGGCCCGAGGAGCUGCCAGGCGCGGCCGGGACGGAGCAGACGGAGUUAGACGAUGAGCCUCCUCCUCAGACGGACGACCUGUCCACGGGCCUGGAGAACCUCAGUGUCGCGUCACUGCCGGAGGCCACAGUCGUCCGCCCAAACCAGGAUUACAACCUCGUGAAUUCCUUGUUAAAUCUCACCAGAAGCCCUGACGGCCGAAUAGCUGUGAAGGCCUGCGAGGGCCUCAUGUUGUUAGCGAGUUUGCCAGAGCCCAAGGCUGCCAAGUGCCUCACGCAGAGCACGUGCCUGUGCGAACUCCUGACCGACAGACUCGCCGCCCUGUACAAGGCCCUACCUCCGUCGGUGGACCCCUUAGAUAUUGAAACGGUGGAAGCCAUCAACUGGGGUUUGGACUCAUAUAGUCAUAAAGAAGAUGCAUCGGCAUUUCCGGGAAAACGAGCCUUAAUUUCAUUUCUUUCCUGGUUUGAUUAUUGUGAUCAACUCAUAAAGGAAGCACAAAAGACUACUGCUGUUGCUCUUGCCAAAGCCAUUCAUGAAAGAUUUUUUAUUGGUGUUAUGGAACCUCAGUUAAUGCAAACUUCCGAGAUGGGUAUCCUGACGUCGACUGCUUUGCUUCAUCGCAUUGUUCGGCAAGUCACCUCCAACGUUUUGCUUCAAGAAAUGGUGUUUUUUAUCCUUGGGGAACAGAGGGAGCCAGAAACUCUGGCAGAUAUGAACAGACACCCCUUAAGACACAGGUUAAUUGAACAUUGUGAUCACAUAUCUGAUGAGAUAAGCAUAAUGACACUAAGGAUGUUUGAACAUCUUUUACAAAAACCCAAUGAACACAUUCUUUACAACUUGGUCCUAAGAAAUCUUGAAGAAAGAAAUUAUACGGAAUAUAAACCCGUGUGUCCAGAAGAUAAAGAUGUGGUGGAGAACGGACAGAUAGCAGGAGCAGUAGAUCUGGAAGAAGAUCCAUUAUUUACUGACAUUUCACCAGAUAACACUUUGUCAAACCAAGAAUGGCUUAGUUCUUCGCCGCCUGCUACUCCAGACCACCCCAGAAAUGAUGGGAAGACUGAAGUCCAUAAAAUUGUGAAUAGUUUUCUCUGUCUGGUACCGGAUGAAGCGAAAUCAUCCUACCAUGUUGAGGGCACAGGAUAUGACACCUACCUCCGAGAUGCUCAUAGGCAGUUCCGGGACUACUGUGCUAUCUGCUUGAGAUGGGAGUGGCCCGGGUCUCCAAAAGCCUUGGAAAAGUGCAAUUUAGAAGCCACUUUCUUCGAAGGUCAUUUUUUGAAAGUUUUAUUUGACAGAAUGGGAAGAAUUCUUGAUCAGCCAUAUGACGUCAAUUUACAAGUGACCUCGGUGUUGUCCAGACUGUCUCUCUUCCCUCAUCCACACGUACACGAAUACCUUUUGGAUCCCUAUGUGAACCUUGCUUCUGGCUGUCGGUCUCUCUUCUCUGUCAUUGUCAGGGUCGUCGGAGACCUUAUGGUUAGAAUCCAGCGUAUUCAAGACUUUACUCCCAAGCUUCUACUAGUCAGAAAGCGAUUACUUGGUUUGGAACCGGAAGGCCCUAUGGUGGACCACAUCACCUUGCUGGAGGGCGUGAUCGUGCUGGAGGAGUUCUGCAAGGAGCUGGCGGCCAUCGCGUUUGUGAAAUACCACACUUCCUCCACACCGUAGAUACCCCUCCCAAGUAACCAAGCAAACAGAACUGCUGUGCACAUUUCACCUCAUGAAGAGAGGAUGAUAAAAGGCCCUUUUCAGUGAAGUAUUGCUGCAAACUGGACUGAAGCAUUUCGAACCCAUCGAGUGGGCAACUUCAGUACAAUGUUGUAUAAUAGUGUUUUCAUUGCUUUUUCAUUAAGGCGCCAUACAUAGACGUGCACGUCCUUGAAUCCAGGAUACAAUCAAAGGAACUUCCGGAAAUAAGCAUUUCUAAUGCCUGUGUGAAAAGCUGCAGAAUUUCUGAUGUCAUGCCUUUGAUGUUUCUGUUAUUUUAAUAUCCUUUUUGGUAGCAAGGCAUUUUGACAUUCUCUGGGACUCAGAUGCUUAUAUUCUUUUGGAUUAAUCAGAAGCAAAAAACAACAACAACGAAUUUUUAUAACUUUUUAAGGUUACUGACAGUGUUACCACGGCCUGAAAUUCUUGGGCCAUCUAUGAAGAAACUUCAGAUGGUGAUUGUGUACCUACUAUCUCUUUAAAGGAAGUUGUGGUCAAGUCCAACUUUUUGUGCUAACAAUGCAUGCAGGACUAAGAGGGAUGAUCUAAAAAUAAAUCAUGCAAUUUAAACAAAA